AUGGCCGUGGUCCCCGCGCCCCUGCUCGCGGGGCGGCGCCGAGCGGGACGCGGGGCGGAGGGCGCCCGCCGGCACCGGAGCUGGAGCCGAGGCCGGGGCCGCGUCGCCAGCAUGGAGCAGGGCGGCCGCCGCCGAGCCUUCGGCAGCAUCUGCCCCAACACAGUCCAGGGCCCGCCCGCCCGCCUAGCCAAGAAGCCGGCCCGGCCCGGCGGGGGCACGGCGUGGACGCCCCCGGCUGCCCUGAAUCCCCGAGCUCCCCCGCCCCGUCCGCGCCGCAGCGACGCCUCUCCGGCCGCCGCCGCGCCCGCCCUGGAUGUAUCCACCUUAAUGCCACCACCACUGGACUGUACUGACUAUGAUUUCUCACUUGGUGAGGAGGUGGCUUUUGGCCCCUGCACUCCGCAGCUGCAGAGCAGCACACUGGUUCCCCCACAGAACCUGUCUUCCCCUGAGCCGUGCUGGAGGGACCUGGCUGACCAGCACCAGAAAGCAUUGGGAGAUGCCCUAGAAGCAAACAGCCAGCUGCAGGAGACCCUCACACAGAGGCAGGAAGAGCUGGUGACACUGAGGGAGAGCAACGUGCAGCUGAAGGAGCUGGCAAGUCAGGCCAGACAGCUGGCCGCUGUCCUUGACGUGAGUGCUGCUCACCAUCUGGCCUGCCUGCCCCACGGCCCAGCUUGUCCCUGGGGGACAGGUGGUGUGGGGCAGGGCAACGUGGAUUGGUACGUGGUGUGGGGUAAAGCAGUGCGGGGUGGAACAGGGCAAUGGGGGUCGGUCAGCGUGGUACGGCUCGGGGCAGGGCAGCGAGGUGUGGGAGUGGGCCAUGCGGUAUGGGAUGGAGCAGUGGAGAACAGUGUGGUGCGGAACAGGACGGGGCUGUGCGGCGCAGAUCUCGGAACUCGCGCUCCCUCUCGCCGGCAGACGCUGAUGCUCCCGCAAAGCGCCGAAGAGACAGUCCCUCCUCCUCUUCCUCAUUUUCAUCCUUUACCUCCUCCUCCCACCGCUGCUGCUGCCGCCGCAGCCCCGUCCGGGAGCGGCCUGGAGGACGCGGAGGGCGUGGACGCCAUGCUGCGGGCCGUGUCGGAGAAGUGUCGCGCCGCCCUGCGAAGCCUGGGGGGCAGCGCGGGGGACAGGGCGGGGGGCAGCCCCGGGGGCAGCCCCACAGCCAAGCGCCCGCGGCCGGACCCGCGCCUGCACGGCGCCUUCCGCGGACUGCGCACCGGCCGCGCCUCCCCGCGCCCGGCCGGCCGGGAGCUGGAGGGGGGCGGCAGCCUGCGGGCGGCGCUGGGGGAGGCGGGCGCCAUCCGCACCCUGGCCUUCCCGCAGGGAAACGCCUUCACUCUGCGCACCGCCGCCGGCGGGCACCGCUUCCGAUGGGUGCCGCGCUGAGACCCCCGCGGCUCCGGGCACCCGUGUCCUGGGCCCGUGCAGCGCGAGGCCGGCGGCACACCCCACACAUCGGCACGCUCCCCGUUUUCUCUUGGAAAAGGGAUAUUCUCGCUUUCCCCCCCGCUGCCGGAGAAGCGACGAGCGCUGCAGAGGCCGCCGUGCCUCAGCGAGGGUCCGGCGCCGCAGGCUUCGUACGCCGUGCCUCCGUGGCUCCUGGCCCGGCAGCUUGCCAUCAGUAGCUUGCUAAUGAAAGUAGAAAUUAAACGAAGAUCUGCCCGGUUUUAUCCAGACGUUUUUAGUCAGCUGAGCAGACAAGUGUAGCUGACAGGACUGUGGCUGGAAUUGACAAGUGUGAAAGCAGAGUGAUCGUCCCAGGUGGUUGAACAGCUGCUCCAUCGUGGAAUUUUACACCCACAAUGUUUACAAAGUGCACUUGUGUCGUUCGUGUGUGCAACUGUAUGUGUAUGUUUGUACACGUUAUGAUAAUUAAAUGGUGCUUAAAAUUGACAUUUUAUUUGUACAGAUUUACUGUAAACUUAAUUUUGCAUCAGGUAUGCAUAUUUACUUUAAUUAGAGCAGAGAUAACAGAAAACAUCUCUGACAGAAUGGAGAUAGAAAGUUUUAGAAUAAAACAUGCUACUUUUAACAUUAGUUAGUGGUACUAACUUCUGUAAAGAGAAAUGUAAAGAAUAACCAAUUAAAGGAGAUGUAUAUAAU